AUGGCUCCUCCACCUGCGUAUAUCAUCUCCAAGGUCGCGGACCCCAUCUUUGCCUUGGUGAUUGGACUUGGUGCCGCUGCGACGAGAAUCAAUCGCGAGGAGAAGGAAAAGGGCAAGACUACACAAGAGACCAUUGUGGCGGCGAAGAGACGUCUAGGGCUUCUCAAGGCUUCCGCAUAG